GCAUCCAUUCAGCAAGCAUCGAUACUUCUUUUCGUUGCUUGAUAACUGAUACCAAAAUCAAGCAAAAUAAGGGAUACACAUCCUUAAAAACACACAAUUUAUCUAAGCGGAGUCCAAGAUGGCUACAUCCACUGUGAGUCGUGAAGCUUUGGCUAUCCCUUCACCUGGUGAUAAAUUUUGCAAGUCUGAGGUAGAAAAGGUAAUUCAGGAAGUUUGCAAGGAAUUAAUCGGCGAAAAUUCACGUUACGUUCCCGAGGAGGUACAGUCUUUCAUUAAAGAUAUAGGAAACGAGAUUCAGCAGCGCGUAGUUCGUCUAGGGUAUGAGCGGUACAAGCUGGUAACGCAUUGUGUUGUCACGGAGGCGGCAAAUCAAGGUCUGCGUGUGUGCUCGCGCUGCUUGUGGGAUCCAGAGGCGGACAACUACGCGAGGUUUACCUUUUCUAACCAGUAUAUGCAUGUAAAUGUCGUCGUGUUUGGGAUAUACUGGGGGUAA